AUGUCCAUUUCUGGGACUUUGAGCAACUAUUACGUGGACUCCAUCAUAAGUCACGAGAGCGAUGAACUCUCAACCCCGGUUCGCUUUCCCGGCGUCCAGUACUCCGGCUCGAGCUCCUCCGCGGCCGCGGCCGCGGGCGGGAGGCAGCCAAGCGGCGCUGCGCACGCGGAGCACCCCCACCCGGAAUCCUACCCGUCCUGCAGCUUCCAACCGAAGCCCCCGGUCUUCUCUUCAUCCUGGAGCCCCUUCAGCCCGCACCACGGGGCCAGUGGCCUCCCUACAGUGUACCACCCUUACAUCCCAGCGCAGCACGUGCCCGCGGCGGACACACGCUACCUCCGCUCAUGGCUGGACUGCGCGCCGCGCGGCUCCGAGGCUGUACUGGGGCAGGGCCAGGCGGGGCAGGUCAAGCUGGAGCCUCAGCUCGGACACCACGGCGGAGAGAUCCCGACUAAACUCGGCGGACAGCUCCAGCACGAGACCACCACGUACAUCCUGGAGUCUGCAUCCACGUCCGCGCGCGAGCUAAGCCUCCACCCGGCCACCAUCCAGAGAGCAGGUUUCGAAGAAAAUAAGGACAUUUGUGAUGGGAGUGAGGACAAAGACGGCCUGGAUCAAACUGAUCCUUCGGCAAACUGGCUACAUGCGCGCUCUUCCCGGAAGAAGCGAUGUCCGUACACCAAAUACCAAACGCUCGAGCUGGAGAAGGAGUUCCUGUUUAACAUGUACCUCACGCGGGACCGGCGGCAUGAGGUGGCGCGAGCGCUCAACCUGACCGAGCGGCAGGUGAAGAUCUGGUUUCAGAACCGGAGGAUGAAAAUGAAGAAACAGAGCAAGGACCAACCCAAGGACUAG